GACUCCCUACCCGACCUCCCCUGCCCCCCGGGAGGCCCGCCUUUGCCUGCUUUUGGGGGGGUGGGCGGGGAGGGGCGCGCGGAUCAUGGCAUUGGAGUUCCCGGGUUUGCAGCCGCUGCCGCCGCCUCGUCCACGCACCUCAAGCGCCCCUUCUUCCCAGAGCAGCAGCGGAGAAGGCGAAGCGCCCGGUGGGGGCGAGGCAGAUGGGGCUCAAGGCUCGCAGGGCGGCGGGGGCGGCCGGAGGCGGCGGCGGCGAAGGGGGCGGCGGAGGCGGCGGGGCAGCUAACCCCGCCGGAGGGGACGCGGCGGUGGCCGGCGACGAGGAGCGGAAAGUGGGGCUGGCGCCAGGAGAUGUGGAUCAAGUCACCUUGGCGCUUGGGGCCGGGGCCGACAAAGACGGGACCCUGCUGCUGGAGGGCGGUGGCCGCGAAGAGGGGCAGCGGAGGACCCCGCAGGGCAUCGGGCUCCUGGCCAAGACCCCCUUGAGCCGCCCAGUCAAGAGGAACAACGCCAAGUACAGGCGCAUCCAAACUUUGAUCUACGACGCCCUGGAGAGACCGCGGGGCUGGGCGCUGCUCUACCACGCGCUUGUGUUUCUGAUUGUCCUGGGAUGCUUGAUUCUGGCAGUGCUCACCACCUUCAAGGAGUACGAGACUGUGUCUGGAGACUGGCUUUUGCUGCUGGAAACAUUUGCUAUUUUCAUCUUUGGAGCUGAGUUUGCUUUGAGAAUAUGGGCCGCCGGAUGUUGCUGUCGAUACAAGGGCUGGCGUGGAAGGCUGAAGUUUGCCAGGAAGCCCCUGUGCAUGUUGGACAUCUUCGUGCUGAUUGCCUCUGUGCCGGUGGUUGCCGUGGGAAACCAGGGCAAUGUCCUGGCCACCUCCCUGCGAAGCCUCCGCUUCCUGCAGAUCCUGCGCAUGCUUCGAAUGGACAGGAGGGGUGGCACCUGGAAGCUCCUGGGCUCAGCUAUUUGUGCCCACAGCAAAGAACUCAUCACUGCCUGGUACAUCGGCUUCCUGACACUCAUCCUUUCUUCAUUUCUUGUCUACCUGGUGGAGAAGGAUGUGCCAGAGGUGGACGCACAAGGAGAGGAGAUGAAAGAGGAGUUUGAGACCUAUGCAGAUGCCCUGUGGUGGGGCCUGGUGAGUCACCUUUCCAUAGGGCCAGGCUACAGAACACCUAAAUGAGGCUGGGAUGCUCAGUGCACCUGAGCCCAGGGCAGCUGACCCAGGUUUGAUGUCUCCUUGCAGGGCAUCCUUGGCUCAGGACUGGCACUCAAGGUACAGGAGCAGCACCGUCAAAAGCACUUUGAGAAGAGAAGGAAGCCAGCCGCUGAGCUUAUCCAGGCUGCCUGGAGAUAUUAUGCUACCAACCCCAAUAGGAUUGACCUGGUGGCAACCUGGAGAUUUUAUGAAUCAGUUGUCUCUUUCCCAUUCUUCAGGAAAGAACAACUGGAAGCAGCAGCCAGCCAAAAGCUGGGUCUCUUGGAUCGGGUUCGCCUUUCUAAUCCUCGUGGUAGCAAUACUAAAGGAAAGCUAUUUACCCCUCUGAAUGUAGAUGCCAUAGAAGAAAGCCCUUCUAAAGAACCAAAGCCCGUGGGCUUAAACAAUAAAGAGCGCUUCCGCACCGCCUUCCGCAUGAAAGCCUACGCUUUCUGGCAGAGUUCUGAAGAUGCUGGGACAGGCGAUCCCAUGGCAGAAGACAGGGGCUAUGGGAAUGACUUCCUCAUUGAAGACAUGAUCCCCACCCUAAAGGCUGCCAUCCGAGCUGUCAGAAUUCUACAAUUCCGUCUGUAUAAAAAAAAAUUCAAGGAGACUUUGAGGCCUUAUGAUGUGAAAGAUGUGAUUGAGCAGUACUCUGCAGGACAUCUUGACAUGCUUUCCAGGAUAAAGUACCUUCAGACAAGAAUAGAUAUGAUUUUCACCCCUGGACCUCCAUCCACUCCAAAACAUAAGAAGUCUCAGAAAGGGUCAGCAUUUACCUACCCAUCCCAGCAGUCUCCAAGGAAUGAACCAUAUGUAGCCAGGGCAGCCACAUCAGAAACUGAAGACCAAAGCAUGAUGGGAAAGUUUGUAAAAGUAGAAAGACAGGUUCAUGACAUGGGGAAGAAACUGGACUUCCUUGUGGACAUGCACAUGCAGCAUAUGGAACGCCUGCAGGUGCAUGUCACAGAGUACUACCCGACUAAGGGGGCCUCUUCCCCAGCGGAAGGGGAGAAGAAAGAGGACAACAGGUACUCUGAUUUGAAAACCAUCAUCUGCAACUACUCAGAGACAGGCCCCCCAGACCCACCCUACAGCUUCCACCAGGUGCCCAUCGACAGAGUCGGCCCCUAUGGGUUUUUUUCACAUGAACCUGUGAACCUGACCCGAGGGGCACCCAGUUCUUCAAAGGCUCAGGCCACCCUUCCCUCCUCGGGAAGUACAUAUGCAGAGAGGCCCACAGUUCUGCCCAUCUUGACUCUUCUGGACUCCCGUGUGAGCUACCACUCCCAGACGGAACCGCAAGGCCCCUAUUCAGACCACAUCCCGCCCUGCCAGAGACGCAGCAUCACCAGGGACAGCGACACGCCUCUGUCCCUCAUGUCCGUCAACCACGAGGAGCUGGAGCGGUCUCCAAGUGGCUUCAGCAUCUCCCAGGACAGAGAUGAUUAUCUGUUUGGCCCCAGUGGGGGAUCGAGCUGGAUGAGGGAGAAGAGGUACCUGGCUGAGGGGGAGACGGACACAGACACAGACCCCUUCACGCCCAGUGGUUCCAUGCCUAUGUCAUCCACCGGGGAUGGCAUUUCGGAUUCCAUAUGGACCCCUUCCAACAAGCCUACUUAGAAGGGGUCACUGGCUGACUCCGGGUACUGUAGACAGACUUUGUACAGCUCACUUACUCUCACACCUAGCACUCACAAUGGUGUAAGCGGCUGUGUCAGGCGCAUGCAUGUGCGCAGUGCCCCCGCCCCCUGCAGGCGGGGGCUUCUCACAGCCUUCCUCCCUCCUGUGUCACUGCAACAGAGUCGCUUCCUUUUCAGCAUGGUUUGCAUGACUUGACACUAUAUAAAUGGCGCCGUUAGUCUCUUCUAGAUACACAUUAAUCUCCUCUUCUUACUCUUAACCAUGAUUGAACAAGUACAGGGAGACUUAUUGAUGAGCUGUGCUAUUUGUUUGGUUGGCUGGUUUGGGUUUUAAUUUGGAUAAACUGGGAGCACAAUUUAAGUUGUUUCUAGGCUCACUUCUCCUUUGUAUAAAAUGCUCCAGUUAAUCAACUGUUCUCUAAAGCAAGGGAAUACUUUUCUCAACCAAAACAUACUGCAUUCCAAUGAGGCUGUCUACUGAGCAAACAGGAGGACCACUGGGACAAGACAGUCAAUCAAUACCCAAAGCCAAGUUUUUCAAAAUUAUUUCAUUAAUGGAAGGCUGGAAAAAUUAUUUAAAAGCUCCCAAGGGCACUUGGUCUACUGUUGUUCAGUACUGUGCCUCAGUUUACUCAUCUGUAAGAUGUUGGUGAUCCAAAAUAUAACAUCAUAUGUGUUAUGGAUUGGUGAGGAGAACUCUUGUACACCUGCCACAGACACAGAAAAAUAGUUCCCAAUUUAUGUAGCCAAAGAUAAUGAAAUUUUCCAGAAGUGGGGUGUCCCUCUAGGCAGGAGCUAUAUUUGGUGUCUUCAAAAUAAGAUUCCAACUCAUUCUUCUGCCUGUACUUGAAUCCAAAUUGGAAAUUAGAAUCAAGAGCAAUUAUCUUUCCAAGUCCUCUAUUUAAAAGUUGGAAAUUCGGGCACAAGUCAAGUGACAUUCCUUGAGACACUUGGUUGUCAUGUGGAGAGUAAAGACUCAAAGCCUCCACCUGGCUCCCUGCUUGCCCGAGUUUCCCCUCACACUAUCCCAUUUGCACACUGGGAUCCAGAAAUCAUGCCAAGACACCAGCGCUCUUUGUCUAUGGGUUAUAACUUCCACUCUUUAUUCAAAAUGAGGAGGAUGUCUGCUUUGACUACAAAGCAUGCUCACUUGGUGUUUUACAAGUGGGAUCCAGGGUGGGGAAUAGAAACUAGUUAUGAAUAUACAAGUAGGAAGAAUUCCCAGAAUCAACCACUUUUACUACCCCAGAUUUUCUUAGUGAAAAUACUAGAACCAUAAAAAAUCAUAAGAGCUGCUGAAGUGUUAGCCAAUAGCCUGGAAAUCCCUGCCCUGCUGCAGAAGGAUUGAUGUUAAGCACAAGCCACCCUGUGGCCUCUUGGGAAAUAUUGCUACUUGCUGAAAACCUCUGAUGAAUAAGGUUGGACUUUGCCUACUCUUGCUAGAUCACAAUGCCACAGCAUUAGUGUCUCAGUCUUUUCAUGUAUCUAAAUACUGGUUUUAAAUGAUUGCCAUGGUGACCAUCAAGGUGAUAGAAAUACCCUAAGUAAGUAUUUAUAUGCAACUGCUGCCAAUGCUGUUGCUGUGUUUUCAAGAUCCAUAGAUACCAUGGCAGACAUCUGGUUGAUGGUUUCAUAAAUUCCUAAUGCUAGUUUUCUACCCUGUGUUGGGUAAAGAUCCCUCAGCAAUUGGUUUCUUUCAACCCACAUGCCGAUUGGUCCUGUAUGAAGGGCUGAGAAUAAGUAAUGAUGAAAUCUUGUCCCGUGUUGAUAGGUACUUAAAUCCAAAGCAUGCAAUUCCAUAAGUGAUGGCAAGCACUGUCAAUGGUAGUGGAAUAGUCUUCUUGGAUGGUGUCAUGAAUGAAUAUAUGGAUAAUGACUAUUAAGUCCAAGGCAGGCAAUAUAUUAAUACAAUCACACACAUUGGAUGUAAAGUCUUCCCUUAUGGUUUUCAAAUUGACUUUCUAGCAAUCUGAAAGACACAGGCUGUGGACCUGUUCCCCCAGUCCUUUCAAUAUAACCUCAGUGGUGCCAUGGGACUAUAAGAAAACAUAUGCUUCUUCCUAAGGACUUGUGUCUUGAAUCUGACUUUCCUAGAAUUUUUUCACCAGAAAUAGCUGUGCUAUCUAGCACCUAACAUACGCUAUCCUUCUUUAUGUGCAUGAGUUAUUGGAGGGGUGGAAAUUAGAGAACAAUAUGCACCACAUGGUUUUUCCUAACAUAUUAACUUUCUUUCAGAACUUCCUAGCAUCAGUAUGUUACAUAUGGCUGCAUUUCUUCAGGAGUUCAUUGGAGUUCUUGGUCAAGAAUUCUUGGAACUAGAGCUUGCAUUGUUUUCCAAGCAAGCUAUAAGUGAGCAGUCUUGUUGUCCUGAUGAUUCAAAAUCAGAGGGGCAAGACUUAGUGUUGUGUUGAUUAUCGACUUAGUAAAUGUCUAGUCAGUUGUCUGUAUCAGAUAGGCACAAGCAAAUUUUACAUAUUGUGUAAAGGACUAAUGCUAAGAGCCUUAAGAGCUGAUCUUUCCCAUCUAAGAAAACAAACAGAGAAAGAUGAUCUGGAGUCCUUCUGCUGUAAUAUUCUUUUAAAUAAUUCUAGACUAGCAAACCAAACCUACUCAUCUGAACCUGUUGAACACUAUAUGGUCACCAUGGCUAGCACUGAGGAUGCAGAAGUUCUAGUCCUGGGGUUGAAAUGACAGUGUGUGUCCCAUAAAGAUCUUUUGUAAACCAAGACAAAAGAAUCUAAGGACAGAAUAAUCCAGAAGAAUUGGAUAGCAUGUACCCGAAAUCAAACCAGUAGCUCUGCAGCUUGCUUAGGAAGUUGCAGCAGUUUUGGCAGAAAAACUGACAAAUUAAUUCCCUCACAAAAACUGAGAAUAGUUUUCUCAGGUAAAAGGAUGAUCUCAUUAUAUAUAUUUGGCUGCCAUGUUUUAAAAUUCAAUAUAUUUAAAUUUUUAAGAAGUAGGACUGGAGAUAUAACUCAGUGGUAGAGUACUUGCUUACCAUACAGAAAGUUCUGGCUUUGAUUCCUAGCAUAGCACAACACAACACACACACACACACACACACACACACACACACACACACUAGGGAGACAUAUUUUAGCAAGAUAAAACUGAGUAAGAAGAACCAAUUUAUAAAUGCUAAUUAAAAGUAAUUCUAUUAGGCUGAAUAAAAGUGAAUUUAAGUGUAAGUUUUGACUAUUAAAUAUUAUACAGGCAAAUACUAAAACCAUACAAAAACUGGAAUUGAGGAAGGGAGAAAAAGAAAAUAUUGAAUUGAGAAAGCUCUCUUCAAUAACUAUUUUUAAAACUUAGAAUUCAGACUUACUAGAUAUGACAUUGAUGUUUUAAAAUCUUAUUUUUAUGAAGAAGUAAAUAAACACCAAAGUGUAUAGGUAAAACCAAACUAAUUAACCAACAAUUAUGCAUCUUAUGUCAUUUCUGUACAAAGCUGUUCCCAGACAUUGUAGCUCAAGAGUAAGCACCAUUAGAAAACAUACCAUGAGAGAAUCUACUCACAAUUUGCCAAAAUCAUUCUCAUCAUUUUAUGCUACUCUAAGCUGUAAUAACAAAGCAUUUAUUUGAUUAUUCAUUUAGCAAGAUUUACUAGGUAUCACUGAACACCAAGGAUUGUUCAACAGAAAUUGGGAGAUCAGAAAGCCGGAUUCUGCUAUAAGACAGCUGGUGGUUUCAACUAAAAAUGAUCCUUUUAUCCUCUUCCUACCUGAUUUGGUAGCGGCAGAGAACCGUCUGCCAAUAGGAAUGCUUCUCAGAGGGAGAACUGAAAGUUCAACACAGAAGAAAGGAGGAACAAAAGCAUGCAUCAAGAUGACAAGGAUCCUGUCACCUCAGGGAUGACAAAGUUCAUUGAAUGGGGACUUUACAUUUGAGUUCAUUGUUCUGGACUCUGUAACACCAAAUAAGUGGUGUAAGCACAUGGGAAGGUUCCUGGAGGAACUAGCUUUCUCACUUAUAUCCCUGCCUCAAUGGAGGCCUGACAAGUAGCUGAGGCAUCUGUUUCACCCCAUUGACCAACAAGGGGCUGGUGCAGGUCGUGGCACAACAUCUAUUUGAAAAGGAAAUCACUCUACCCAUGGGAACCUGCAGAGCAAAAUCUUUGGAGGAAAGAGAAGAAAGGAUCUCAGAAGUCAACUAUACUUUUGACAAGGCUGCCAGAUAGAGCCUGAUUCCCACAAUCCAUUGCUACCCCCCAGCUGCUGCUGCGUAAGAUAGAUACUCUUUGGUUCUCAUGAAUAUGUCCCUAAGUCAUCCAGGACCACAGAGAUUUUCUUUUCUUUGGCGUUUUGGGCUAUUAUUAAGAAUUUAUCUUCAGUUGUCUUCAAAAGCAUGCUAUUUCCAGCAUGAACUUUAACCUACAUAUGCUUUCUGCAUUCCGCCCCCCCAAAAAAAAUUCAAAAGUCUCGUGCUGCUUUUACCCAGUUCAAAACUGAGCCAUCUAUACCCUAAACUGGGCAGCAGGUAGCAGCUCAGUAGUUCUCAGCUUUAGAAAUGUUAAGGACCAGAAUACCUAUGAAGUUUUCGUAGUUUUUGAAACCACGGAGUGAAUGACCUUGUCAAACAUAUGAAAGGGAUAUUGAGAUGACUUGUAUAAAAAUUUUAGUUUUGGGAUGUUCAAAACCAUUUCAUUCUAUUGUAAAUUUCAAGUGAGACAAUCAACUAUGUAUAAAGCCCUUAGUACAGUGACUGGUCCAUACCAAAACUGUUAAUGAUUAUUUAUGUCUGUUUUUACAGUAUGUAUAGACUCCAUAACAUUGAUUAGUUAUAUUACCUAUGGACUCUUUAGUUUACACCAGAAAAUAUUUUUUAGGGAAAAAAAAAAACUGGUAGAAAUAUAAUCCAAAUUAUAGCAUGAUAAAACUAGGUAUUUUUUUCAGUUGCUCUUUAACCAUGUACCUGUCUACAACAUGAUUUUUUCCCAUCAAAAUGUGGGAGAUAAGGAAUAUUGAAAGGAGCAUUAAGAAUGCUGAUUCUCGGUAGCUGAUUCUAUUAAACAGUGGCAGAUGUAGCAGUGUUCUCUAAAAAAAAAAAUACUUAUAGGAGAUAUAGACAAAGAGAACUAAUUUAAUAUGAAAGGAAAGUCAACUGUGGCAUGAAGGCUACCAGUAGUGCCCUUUCUGUGAAUGGGAUACCUUCAGGAAGAGGGCCAAAACUUGUUCAGAUUCUUCCUUGUGGAUGUGAUCUCAGCCUUCAGCAGCCUCAACUUCAGUAUGCCUCUAGGAUCAGAUAUAGUUCCACAGAAUUGAGGAGACACAAUUUCACAGAUUCUAAAAUGUGCAGAACAAGACCUUGGUCACUCGUAUUAUUUUAGGGCAGACUAUAAAGGCUCAGAGAAUAGGGGUUUUAAUCAGGUCUCGUGAUGAUUAAAAUAAUGACCAAGUAGAGUGAACCUAGAUCUCAGGUCUCCUGACCCCUGGUCUAGAUGUUGACCCCAGAAGAUAAAUGAAAUUUUCCUGCCUCCCUUGAGAAACAGCUGAACCAGAAAUACUUUUUGAGAACCUCACCCUAUAGGGCUGAUGCCCUCUAGUCUUAAGAAUAUCCCUUCUGAUUAUCUCAUCAUCAAAGGGCCCAGAGAACCCUCAUGCUGAUGAGUACGGUAAGGUAAAGACAGAAGACCAACCUUUUAACCAUGUUCAUGACUACUGUCCACCCUUAUGACUAUUCUUGCUCUGUGUCUUAUUGUGCCAAGAUUGGACACAAGAUUGGUCCAUCUCUUGGACUCAUUCAGCUCCACUCACAACUUGGGUUGUAUCCUCAGAUACAGAUCCACUGAAUGAGACUUCUCUAUAGAUGUGAUUUAAGUAGGACCUGAUUUCUUUGGGAAUCUGACUUGCCACAUACUUCCAGUUCUACCAAAGGUGACUCUGUAUACUGGAAUAUCUGGGUUUUGUCUGAGCAUGCCUGGUUCUUCUCACUUUACCCCAGGGGAACCCAUGCUUGCCAUUUCAUAGACAGAUACUCUUUGGACCUUUGCCAAAAGCUGUCUAGAAUAAGUUCUGCUUAAAAACAUAUCAUGUCUGUGUAACUGUUAUAACACUUUAGGGAAUAAACUGGCCUUCAUGACUCAUGUGCAGGUCUCUAGAGUUUCCACCUGGGCCGUGCUUACCUUUGCCAGAAUUUGACAGUGUUCCCCCCAAAAUAUUUAUGAAACCCACUAGUAAGAUAGGAUGUGUUAGCAAUCCUGGGUUGGCUGAUCCAAAAGCUCCUGAAAGAAUCAAUGAGCAAAGUGACACUUUAUAUAGGAUGGCUUUUGUUGACUGAAUUAUUUUAAAGAUUGUCAUUCUGCCUAAGUCUUUUUUUUCUCCUCUGAACAGCACUCCUUUGAGUUUUAAGUAAGUGCCAGGAAAGAAUAGUAACUUUUAACAUAGUUAAAAAAAAAUACAUACACACAGAUCUAUGUAACCCAAGAACGGCUGAAGUUAAUUAGCCACACCUAGCCCAGUAUUUAGGAAUAUCGACUAAAAUUGGGAACCUAAGAGUUAUGAAAAUAAGAGAAAGUUUGAUUUCAAUGCUCUGUUCUCCAACUCUGUCUACAAAACUGAGGUCUUGGGAUAGGAGAACAGCUCCCCCUAAGUUGUCCUUAGGAGUUGCAGGCAUGAGAUGUAGUUUUCUACAUUGCCUACAUGCUGCAUCCUUAAGUCAAGCUCACUUGAGGACUGCCAUUGGCUGCACAGAAAUUGAAGCUGAGAGAAAGACAGCUGCCUGGAUGUCACAUAUUACAAGAGAAAGAGCUUGGAUUUUACACAAAGCCAUGGACCUCAAAAACUUAUCCUAUCUCUGCCCCUACACCAAUUUCUCCCAGGCAGUAGAACUAUUCCCCAGUCAGGUUUCACGGUCCCUAAGAAGACAUUUCCCUCCUCUGUGCAGUCAGCUUUCCGGUGAAAUGAUCACAGGCCCACCCAUGUUCCAGAGAGAAGGGUGACUUUUUUCAGCUGCCCCCCUGCUAUUCAGCAGGUCCUUUAAAUGUUUUCACAAUCUAGCUGUCAGAAGCUGAAAGUGAUGCCACAUAAAUUAUUCACAGGGUUCACAUUGGAGUCCAUUAGCCCUUGGAGUUUGGUGGCCACAGAUAUUGCCACAAACACCCUUUGUUCUCUGUCCCCGCAGAUCCUCUGUCACUGUAUUUAUCUGAAGGAGUUCAAAAGUGCCCCAGCCUCAGUUGACUCUUAUUUUGUGCCUCUAGACUGCAUCUUUAUUUUAGGGCUUUGAAAUAUUGUGCAGACACAAAUGAGCCUUUAAAACGUGUUCUCUGAGAGGCCAAAAGGGCAGAUCAAUUAUGUCUCCAUUUCUCAAUAUUAAGAGAACAGGAAUCUGCAUGGACACCAAAUGGGUCUCCUAACUGGGCCAUUCUUUACCCUUCUGAAUCCAGUUCCAGGGAUGGGAGAUUAGCUCCAACCUUCGGCCCUCCCUGAAGGCUAAGUAGAAGAUUUGAACAACCCUUUAAUCAAAUAGCAGAUGUAAGCUGUUAGAGAGAGAACCUGGGCCAGGUUCUAAAAAGCCAACUUAGGACGGAUGCACAUUAUCAGAUUUGCCAAUCCUUCUGUUUAAAAAAACAAUCCCUCUCUUGCUUCAGAUGGGCUAGAAUCCUCUAACCCCUUUUCCUAUGUAGCAGUGAUGGAUAACACCUACCCUGGAAGAACAUAUUGAGGUUUCCAAUGAUGUGAACCACUGUAUUUGAUUUUAGGUUGUAUUUUCUUUCACCCCUUUUUACGGCAUAGAAUUCUGGUGCCUUGCUCCCUGGAUUUGUCUCUGUGCUAUGAGUAGGCUCUCCACAUUCUGGCUUACACGGGAACACAACUAUUCCACAAGUGCCCUUUAGUGCUCUUUAUAAUAUGGUUUCCUGUAAUUUUUAAACUGUAUGUGUAAUUUAUAUUCUGGCUCUGUCCAAUAUUUGACAACUUUAAUAGGUUGAUUUCCAUAUAUAUUAUGCAAACAAUUCUUACCUGAUUUUUUUAUGUUCUAUCUCAAAAUCAAUAAAGAUUGCACCACUUAUUAAUAA